AUGCAAAACGGGACUUGUAACGGCGCGUUAAACAACAGCAACCAAAGCGCGACUACAGAAGCUCAAGGUGAAGUGAAAUUAGAUACGAUUAACGAUGCUUCAAGUGACCUUUUGCAAGGUCCACCACCUAAAAGACGGAAACUUGGUGAUUCAUCCUCACGAUCCACUCCGCGACCCCCUUCGCCGCCGUGGAAGAAAGCUGGAAUUGAUGGUCCAACCUCCUUUUUCGAUGCUGGCCGACGCAGGUCUACCAGAACUAAUGCGGUUCCGCCCGACCCUCACCCAUCAACUGAGAAGCGCCACACGCGAUCUAACCUGAAGGAGAAGAGUAGCAGGACGAAAUAUAAUCUCAAGGCGAGACAUGACCUAUCUUCGCCGUUGUCGACCCCAUCCAAGUUGCCUACGACAACCAGGAAACGUUAUCACUACAGAAAUAGCUCUAUAAAUGGGGUGGAGGGUCGAAGAGAUUCUGCGCAAUCUUUCUGCGCGAAAGCUCUCGAUACUACGCAAGUAACUCCCCGGACGAGCACACGUCGAAGCCUCGGAAAAGGCUAUCAAGGCAAUAGCAGUAUCAGCGUCACGACUAAUGGAACCAAUGACCAAAAGUCAACUUGGGAUGAAAGUAUGGCUAUUCAGUCAAGCGAGGACCCCCGAAGGGUGAACGGCGUUGAAGGCGAGACUGUUGAUGAUAGUUCAAUCAAACGAACCCCGCGUAUACGAUUCAAAGUCAAGAUCCCCUAUUUGUCACCUCAGAAUCCGUUCCACCUCGUCCCACUAAAGAAAUACGCGUCUUUUCGAGAAUGGGUGGAAAAUGAAGGAAACACAGAAGAUGGACAUAGGUUUCUAGAUUCCAAUUCUGCUUUAAAAGAGUAUCAGACUCGAAACAGGCUGUGGCACGAGGCAGAUUACGGAGGGUUGUUGAGCAAAGAACGAUGUUCAAUCUAUCUGGAUGACCCAGAAGAGGAGCCUCAGCAACAAUACUCCCAUCAUGACCAUUUUAUAGCCCAUGCCCUAUAUUUUAAAAAACUUCUUGAUAAAGAGCAUAAGCAUCAUCGCCAUAUGGCAAAAACCUUCGCACAUUGGUGCGCAGAUGCAUGGAGAAAGCGCAAUAAAAGGCCUGAGGAUAUUUUAAGGGAACAGCAGGAAGAAAUGCGACAAAAGCGGCGAAUUUUAGCCAAGGACCUUCAACGACUAUUUGAUCAAGCUCGUGCAGAGGUAGAAAAAGCAAAGGCUACUAGGUUGGAAGAGGAGCGGAAACUAAACGACCAGCGUUUGCUGAACAAAGCGCUCAAACAGUCCACUCUACUUUGGGAGAAACGAGCUACAGAUAAGGGCGAACAUAGCGGCGUUAGUGAAUUUGAGCAUGAUAGCGAAUCAAGGGAUAUAGAGGAUGACGAUGUGGAUGAUAAUGAAGAUCCGUCGGGAUCCGAAUCCGAAGAUGAAGCUAACAUGUCAUCUGGUAGCUCCGAUAGUGAUGGAGAGGAGGCUACUGCAGAUGACGAUGCGGAUCUUUCACCUGCCGCCCUUCGAGCAAAAUAUGCCAACUUACCUGAAACCGAAUUCACUGAGGAUGAUGAGGAAACAAAAAGGCAUGACGAUGCGAUUUCUACCACUCAGCUAGCUCUAUACAAAGACUCCGGUGAAGCAGAGCAAGGUGUUUUGGAAGACAGAGAUAUGCAGACUGAUGUACUUUUGGAUGAAGUAGAUUCUGUCUUAUUGGAUGAAAGUGAUGAAUCUAUUGACAUGGACGAUACAGAAGACAGCGAACAUGAAAGCAGCGGUGAGGAUGAGUCCGAUGAAGAUUCAGGCUCCGAUCCAGGUCUUCUGGGAUUUUUCUCUGCUAAGGACCUUGCUCCCCAGGCUGGAAAUGAUGAAGUUGAUGACCGAAUAUCUAUCCCCGACAUUAAAAUGACUGUUGAUGAAGAUGAUGAAGAUUUUUCCGCGAAUGAAGAAGAUGAUGAGGUUCAUCUCGUUCCAAUUGGACCACGGACCGAUAACAAGAGAUCGGAUUCGACAACACUCAAUUCCGCACAUCCCCCUACACCUUCCACCACUCUUCCGUUGGGUGAUGAGAAGUCCGUCGUUGGUACUCCAAUUCGAGAACCAGCAGAUGCCCUCAAUACUCCCCAGCUGGAACACCCAAUCAGCCCAAUUGGUAGAACACAGGAGUUUGAGGCGCAGCUUGUGGACGAUCAGCAUACCCUCGCCUCACCUACAUCCCUUCGAGCGGAGGAGGAUGCAGGCAAUCACCAAAAGACUGAACCGGAACGCCUACCCAGUCAACCUAUUUCUCCUGGUAUCGAGCAAGAUGAACUUCCCGACAAUACCGCAGAAGACCAUCAGUCACCGAAGGCACCUUCGAUCAAAACACCAAUACCUCAUUUACUACGCGGGACCCUUCGUGAAUACCAGCAUUUCGGUCUAGAUUGGCUUGCCGGUCUCUACGGGAGUAAUAUCAAUGGCAUUCUAGCUGAUGAGAUGGGACUAGGUAAAACCAUUCAGACUAUCGCCCUGUUAGCCCAUCUUGCUGUUGAGCACGAAGUAUGGGGUCCGCAUCUUGUCAUUGUCCCUACCAGCGUUAUGUUGAACUGGGAGAUGGAAUUUAAAAAAUGGUGUCCUGGGUUCAAGAUUCUUACAUACUACGGCACGCAGGAGGAACGGAGGCAAAAGCGCAAAGGCUGGAUGGACGAUGAUCGCUGGCACGUUUGCAUCACCUCGUACCAACUGGUACUGCAGGAUCAGCAAACAUUCAAAAGACGUAACUGGCAUUACAUGGUCCUGGACGAAGCUCACAAUAUCAAAAACUUCCGUUCUCAGCGGUGGCAGACGCUCCUUACCUUCAAAACAAGAGCAAGACUUCUUUUGACCGGAACCCCUCUUCAAAAUAAUUUAACUGAAUUAUGGUCGCUCCUCUUCUUUCUAAUGCCUAAUGAUGACAGCGAGAGCGGCGUGGAAGGGUUUGCUGAUCUCCGCAAUUUUUCUGAAUGGUUUCGUCGGCCUGUGGAGCAAAUUCUCGAGCAAGGAAGAGAAACUAUGGAUGAAGAGGCGAAGAAGGUUGUCACGAAACUACAUACCGUACUGCGGCCAUAUAUUCUUCGCCGGCUAAAAGCUGAUGUUGAGAAACAAAUGCCUGCAAAGUAUGAGCAUGUAGUAACCUGCCGGUUGUCCAAGAGACAGCGGUAUCUCUACGAUGGCUUCAUGUCUAGAGCUCAAACGAAAGAGACUCUUGCCUCGGGAAAUUACCUUUCCAUCAUUAAUUGUUUAAUGCAGCUUAGGAAGGUGUGUAACCAUCCCGACCUCUUUGAAACUCGUCCCAUCACGACGUCAUUUGCAAUGUCUAGUUCUACAAUAGCGAACCUUGAGAUCAAAGACCUAGUCAUCCGCCGUCGGCUUCUGUACGAGAGUCCGUUGGAGAAGCUUGACAUGGACUUUCUGAAUUUGGUGCCAAUCUCAAGAGAAGAUACAUCCAGAAGGCUUACAGAUGACGCCGCAAGAAUCAUGGCAUACAACCCAUUACGCCUUCUGCGGGAGCGUCAGUACAACCGUACGAAUUGGUCAAUGGGCUUCGAUGGAUCCUCUAUCUGGGCCAUACUGGAAUCGAUGGAGAAUACUGCUCGAAAGGCAAGGAUGGGGGAGCUGGAGCGAUGCUUAUAUUUUGAAUCCAAGCGCCAUGGCAGGCGCCCAAUUUAUGGCGAAAGCUUGAUCAACUUUCUUACAAUAGACAUGAACUUGAAACCGACGUCUCAACAGCGACCACGGCGAUGUUUGCUCAUUGAUUGGUUCUCGCGCCAGUCUCUUGCCCUUGAAACUAUGGUAUUGUCUCUGGAAGAGAGGGCUCGCAUGACAGAACCAUUAAUUCAAAAAUUUGCUUGUAUAACGCCGGCUGCAAUUUCUUUGGCGGUGGCAUCAGCGGCGUUGACACCAAUAAAAUCGCGCUACUUUUCACGUUCGCAGCGCGUUCCUUCGUACGACCCAUUCCACGAGGCACAGAUGCGCCUAUCCAUCGCCUUUCCGGAUAAAAGACUGCUUCAGUACGACUGUGGCAAGCUUCAGCAACUUGAUAGAUUACUCAGGCAGCUUCAAAGCGGAGCUCACCGGGCUCUGAUAUUCACACAGAUGACUAAGAUGCUUGACAUUCUUGAACAGUUCCUCAACGUUCACGGCCAUCGGUAUCUUCGCUUAGAUGGAUCAACAAAAAUUGAGCAACGGCAGUUAUUAACUGAGCGGUUCAACAACGAUCCACGAAUCCUUGUUUUUAUCCUAUCGAGCCGAUCUGGCGGACUGGGUAUUAACCUCACAGGGGCAGAUACUGUCAUUUUUUACGAUUUGGACUGGAAUCCCGCAAUGGAUAAGCAAUGUCAGGACCGAUGUCAUCGAAUUGGCCAGACUCGCGAUGUCCACAUAUACCGGUUUGUCUCCGAGUACACUAUUGAGUCAAACAUUCUCCGCAAAGCCAACCAAAAACGGAUGCUUGACGAUGUCGUAAUUCAGGAAGGAGAAUUCACCACAGACUACUUCCAGAAAUUCGACGUGCGCGACGUGCUUGCGGAAGACAUCUUGGAUGGACAAGAUGAAGCCAGCGUGGCAAUGGAUAGGGUUCUUGAUAAUAAAGUGCGGAACGAGCCCAAGGUGUUUGAAGAGGCAGAAGACAAAGAAGACCUUGACGCCGCGGAAACGGCCAAGAAGGAGCUGGAGCACGUCGACGACGAUGAUUUCGCGGAGAGCAGUCUGCCUCAGACUCCCGGCCCUCCAGGCCAAAGUGUAACAGAAAGCCAGGCAAAUACACCGGCAGGCAUUGCGUGUCUCGAGGAAGAACCCCCGACCACAUCCCAGACGCUUGAGAACCCUGAGCCUUCCACUGCGCCCUCCGCCCCCACGCCAGUCGCAGUCGCAGAAAAAGCAGCCAGUGUGGAGAUUGCUGUCGGGCACAUCGACGAUUACCUGGUGCGGUUCAUGGGGUGGAACCUUAAGGACGAGCCGCUGGCCCUGCCGCCAGACAAGAGCAAGAUGAUGAAGGUGCGUAGAGGCAGAGAGCAUCGCGUCAAACGGGGUCGAUAG